UAUGCUGUGAUUCGCAUUAUUAUACCGCCCGAUAAACUACAUAAAAAAAUGUAUACGUGAAAUGAAAAAUAGCGAACGUAAUUAAAGUUAAAGUUGAUAAAGUGAUUUACAAAAUACUUAGAUGUAUUUGUUUAUAACUAUUUUAACAAAAAAUGCUCAUACGGAUAUUACCUAAUUAAAAUUCACACUUAAAAAAUCGUUAUCAUUAAAAUACUGUGACAAUCAUCACUAUGAUGAUAAAGAUCGUACAUAAUUAGUGAUUCUUAUUUGAGAAGUGUUUUGUGAGCAAUGCCUUCAAUAUCAUAAUUAUACAGUGUGUUUGUCUGGGCUCAACCUGGCCAACAUUGCACGUGAAACGUUCACAUUUUAUCAGUGUUUUCGUGUUAUCAGGCCUUUCGUUAUACUGUGCACUACUUAUUCAUUAAGACAGUGUUGUAAAAUUCGACAUGCGGCUUGAAGGAACAGAUGAAGAAGGGAGCGACUUGCUCAAUAAAAAGAGGAAUGUUAAGAAGCUCCCGUACCCAAAAGCAGUCGGUUUUAUAGUCACAAAUGAGUUCUGUGAGAGAUUCUCAUAUUAUGGAAUGCGAACGAUCCUGUCGUUGUACCUCCGAGACAAGCUGGGUUACUCGGACAAUGGGGCCACAGUCAUCUACCACGUGUUCACCAUGUUCGCCUACUUCUUCCCACUGGUGGGCGCCAUGAUUGCCGACGGCUGGCUUGGCAGAUUUAGAACCAUCUUGUAUCUGUCACUAGUGUACGCAGCAGGGACUAUCCUCAUUUCACUCACGGCCAUGCCGCCGGUCAGUUUGCCGCCGCUAGAAUUUACAAUCUUCGCGUUACUCCUCAUUGCUUUCGGUACCGGCGGUAUCAAGCCUUGCGUAUCAGCCUUCGGUGGGGACCAAUUCAAGUUGCCCGAACAAGAACGGUACCUGGGCUACUUCUUCUCUCUCUUCUACUUCUCUAUCAACGCCGGGAGUCUCAUAUCCACAUUCCUCACACCGAUUCUUAGGGCGGAUGUCCACUGUUUCGGAGAAAAUGAUUGCUAUUCACUAGCGUUUGGUGUUCCUGGUAUACUUAUGAUUGUUUCUAUAUUAUUCUUCGUAGCUGGUAAAAAACUGUACAUUAUCAAAAACCCGGCGGGAAAUGUCAUCGGGAGGGUCGGAACCUGCAUUAGCCAUGCCGUAGUUAAGUCCUGUAGGGACAAAGAAAAGCGGGAGCACUGGUUGGACCACGCCGAUGACAAGUACGAGACGGGUCUCAUUGAGGACGUCAAGGCUCUACUCAGGGUCCUCGUACUCUUCAUCCCAUUGCCGGUGUUCUGGGCACUCUUUGACCAGCAAGGAUCCAGGUGGACCUUCCAGGCUGACCGCAUGUACCAGGACAUUGGCAGCUGGCAAUUGAAGGCUGACCAGAUGCAAGUGCUCAAUCCGCUGCUUAUUCUAGUGUUUAUACCUCUUUUCGAAGUGGCAAUUUAUCCAUUCCUAACAUGGUGCCGCCUGAUCAGGAAACCUCUGCACAAAAUGAUAUGGGGAGGAGUAUUAGCGGCCUGCGCUUUUAUUAUCUCUGGCAUUGUCGAGCUAAGUCUUUUGCCAACAUAUGGAACGCCAGUAACAGCUGGUUUGGCACAGCUCCGGGUGUACAAUGGAUUCAACUGCAACGUGACGUUAAACUUGCCAAACAACACACACGUUAUCACACCAUUAUCUGCCUAUGAGCAGUUAGACAUAAAAGCAGAAGAAUUCACACAGUUGCCAUACUCGAUGCAAGGCGAUUCUAACAGCAACUGUGCCAAUAUCUCAUACAGUGGAUCCUUCUUCUUAGAAGAGGAAACAGCCAAUUCGUUCUUUAUCAACCGUGAUGGCGUUUACAACUUCACUGAUAAGAACGAUAAAGCCAUCGAUGGUGUUAGUGUACGAUUUUUAACUAAUUUAAGAAGUAUAGUACAGAUUAGUGUGUUUGACACGAAGAAGAACUUAACGAAAUUAAUAACAACGAGCGGUGACAGGGCGCAAAGCCGCAUAGAGAAAGGUGUUAGUAAUGUGAACGUCAAUGGCGUCACAGUAUUAAAAGACUUCAACUUCCAAUCCGGUGCUGUGUACACAAUCAAUGUGUACGAAGACAGCAAUGGAAAUUAUUCGGCGAACGCGGUGAUGAUCACGCCCGCGAACACCGUACACAUCCUGUGGCUGAUUCCUCAGUACGUGGUUAUGACCAUGGGGGAGGUGAUGUUCUCGGUGACCGGACUAGAGUUCUCCUUCACCCAAGCGCCCGCCAGCAUGAAGUCAGUGCUGCAGUCAGUGUGGCUGCUGACAGUGGCAGUGGGGAAUCUGAUCGUGGUGCUCAUAGUGGAAGGAAAUUUCUUGGACGCUCAGUGGAAAGAGUUCUUCUUGUUUGCGGGGCUGAUGUUGGUAGACAUGCUGAUCUUCGCGGCCCUGGCUUUCCGGUACCGGUACGUCGAGAUCAAGUCCAGCACCGAGGAGUUACCAGUCGAAGAGAUCAGACUGCCAGAGAAACAUCUGCAGAAACAGACUUAGCUGUUGAUAAAACCAUUGUUAUUCA